AUGUCUGGCGAUGUGGCAUUUGAAGAACCAACCUAUUGUAAGUCGAUUAAACAGUUUAGCACACCCUUUUAUCUGUCACCCCUUAGCAGAUGAGCCAUUCACUUUUCAUCUUUUAGUCAUGUCGAGUAGGACAAAGGUUGUUCUUUCUGUUUCGUCGAAGUUUUCAACCGAUAAACCGACUCUACUUUCUCGGGCUUAUCAAAUAUAAAUUUAUUUUAACCCAGUCAUUGACAGUAAAUGUGCCAUGUUUGCCUUCAGUAGAGAAUUAUGAAAUACUUUGUCUGUUAACGACAUCUUUCCCAGCAUUUUGCUUUAGAUUGCGGAGAUCUGACAAAGUAUGGGUUUCAAUCUGGCAUCUUUAGCUCCUAACCCACCCAUAUCAUGAAUUAAUAAAAUGAAACGAGUGGAUAUGGGAAAGGGUUAGUCGAUUUAGAUGUAAGAGGUUGAUUAACAAUGGGCGAAGGUGUUCGAAUAUUCUGAGUGGGACUCCUGGCAUUCCGACUUCUUAUUUGUUGUUCUCCAGAUUUAACCUGCAAUUUCAGUUUUUCAUGUUCCGAUCCUCCCCCGUAUUGUCGACUCAUUAGCCGUUUUCAGCCAGUAAUGUCCCAGCCGCCAGUGCCGCCACACCUGGGAUUUAAACAAGGGUCUAGUGGCUUGACGAGCAUCUACAUUCGACGCUCUGUCUGUUUAAGAUAUCGGGCCUGCAUUCUGUUGUCUUGGAUCGAGAAUAUUCAGUCGAAUAAAAGUGGUGCUCGUCGACUGCAUGCUGGAGACGCGUGUUUCCGUUUUUCUUGAGAGCUCUGGAUAUACAGCCCACCCAGUCGGUUUCCCAGCGAUCAGUCAUAAUGGAACUUCUAAGGCUGGUUGGCCACCGCCACACGACAGCCUGGAUGGACCCUACACGCGGAGCCUUAGGACAAACUGACGAGUAAUCGGACCUCGGGUGCGCUAGCAUCUGCAGUGGAGAAUCACUGACGGAUGACGAAAUGGUCACCACAGUGUUUGUUAGUAGCCCUUCUCAUUGAUAGGAUUUAUACAGAGAUGUAAUUACUGAAAGUACAAUUUUUCCCGGCAUUCCUGAGUAGUCGAGAGCGUUACACCGACAAAAACAAGGUGAGAGCAGUGGUCCAUUCUGACUUAUCUGCCAUCAGCUAACCACACUGUGAGGCACUGGGUAUUUGGUCGAAAUCAGUCUAUUUGAACUAACAGGCACGCAAUGGUGUAAACACUAAUUGGCUAAUCGUUGUCGAAUUGACUAAGUUUAGCCUUCAAGUUUGACAUCUCCCGUUUCUCACAGAAAUUCUCUCCGCAGAGCGCUUCAUCUUAACACAUCAGAACUUCCAUUUUCCAAAGCUUUGAGCAAUUGAAAAACACUUGGCCCCCAAUAUUCCCUUUUUUUACCUAAACUCAUAUGUCUUCGAGCGAAUUCAGGAUGUUUUCGUGGUGCCAACAUCAACCCGAAAUCCGUGUAGUUUUUGGGUUAUGUAUCGCAAAAAAGGUAGAAGUUCGGAGGACUGACAGUCUUUCUGCGUUACGUGCUUCAGUCCAUGCGUGCGUAGCAAUGUGUCUAAAAGUUGGCUUUCAUCAACGCCGAAUUUCCAUUUUUUUCACUACUGUCUUCGUCUGGUCUGUUGCGUGCACAUUCGCGGGACAUAAUCUGAUAAGGCAUGGGCAUAGAAACCUCCUCGGUAAUACAGACUGCCUUACGCUAAAUUCCGGGAAAAGGCGCCUAUACCCGCGUCCUAAUCCAAGCCCCAAACUUAACUCCAAUCGUAACCUUAACCCAAACGUUAGUCCUAACCUUAAUCUCCCCGAAAUUCAGCGCAAAGCCACCUGUAUUAUGGGGAUUCUAUUCCCGUGCUUUCGUGCUUUGAAUGGUUCAGAUGGCAGAACUCUUAAUUAAAAGAGUCUGCUCUGUAAUUUAUAAGCAGUCUUGCUUGGAACUCUUGGAGAGCAUUAUAUUUUUCACGAAAGCAUCAUCUGGUCGGGUUUUCUGGUGACGAUCUCUAUAUUAAACUUAAGAACGACAUUCAAGGCGCAGUUUACCAACGGAAAACCGCACAAUGGAGCUGUAGUCUUUUUCCGGUUCAUGCCCAGUAGCAGGAGUUUCUUCUUAGUUUUUUGUCCAUUCGAAAGUGUACACCAGUCUGUCAUCAAUAGUGAUUGUUUUAGCCCUCCGAUUAUUUGACCGUCCGACCGUUAUAUGGUUGAUUCUACUGCAGCUUGAACCAUCGUGUUCCGAGAGGGCCUUUUAAUGAUUCUAAUUUUGUUUUGGGCUUCUUCGACACUGAUGUUUUGUUCUGUUUCACUCCAGAACCCUUUACUUUUCUACGCCUGUGCUAUCUCCUUUCCGUCAGGCUUAAAAUGCGGCACCCAGAACACACGAAAUCUCGACAGUCGCAAGCGAAGAUGCUUGCCACUUUCCCAUGAUGUUUUGCGCGUGAAUUAGUUUAUAACGGCGGCUCGGAUCUCGUGUAGGUAAGACUAGUACGUGCGCGACAUUAGAAAUGAUCGGUUGCAGCUUGAUCUUCAGUCUUGAAUAGGGCCGAGCUAGCUCUCCAGUUCGAAACCUCUCAGGCCUCGACUCUUGACCCGUCAGAUUUAUUAUAGGCCGGAGUGUGUUGAUCUGCCAUGAGGGUGGGUUUCUCAGUGUUGGUUCCACUCUCUUCCCUCUCCCACGCUCCAGUCGACUGUUAGAUCCUGUCAGGUAACCGGCGAUGAGAUUGGGCACGGUAACUGGCAACUGCGACUGCAGGGGAGAUCUCCGUACUGAGCCAUUAGGCACAGUGGGACGAGUACUUCCGUAACCCGAUCAGUGAACACACUCCAAGGUGAUGGUUCGCCCGUCAUACUGGCGCUGGCAAAGUGAAUUGCAUGUAUGCUGCAGGAGGGAAUUGUGAUGGGCUGCAGAGAGGUAUCGCGACACACAAACCUACUCCACAUUAUGCUGAAAUUGAGCCGGCUUCCUGUACUUUGUCGUUGUGAGGGUUUUUCAUGGGGAUUGUAGUAGGUUUAGGUCGACUGUGGUCUCUGUUUUGAGGAUUCCGUCGGACACCAUUAAUGACCAAUUGAGGACUCCCCUGAAGUGCUUGACCCAAAGCUCCAGAAUCUGUAAUCUGUCCGUCAAGAGGGACUGUUCCAUCGGAGCUUUAUGGCGGUGCAGCUUGUCUUCAUAGUCACGAAGGGGUUCUUCAUUUCGUUAGAGUUUGCGUACCCUUUGACGCCCUUACCUGUGCAAGUCCUUCAAAUAUUGUGCACCCCCUCCAGCAUCCAUAGUAAGAAGACUCAGCUUAUAACCUCACCUUCGAGACAACAAAGCGGUGGUCCGUCCAGCCAUCAGCACCACACAUUGCCUUCUUCCAUGGCAUAUCACUCAUAUUGCGCCUUCUGACGAAAACGUAGUCCAGCGAUUGCCAGUAGCGUGAGCAGCGGUUCACGCAUGUUGUUUUCUACUGGCUGGCAAAUCGAAAGUGAGUUCUGGUGACGAGAAGAUUGUGCUCAGUUCAGACUUUCGCAGCCAUUACCGCUGCAGUUGCCAAUUAUUCGACGACUUAACACUCCCUUUCAGGCGGCGUGGUUUGCCGGGCAUUGAAGUCGUCAAGGUCUAGCAGUCUGUCCGCUCGCGCACAGACGCUAGUGGGCUGUGCAGGUCUUCGUAGAAUUUGAUCUUCACGUCACUAGGGCUGGCCUUUCAUAGUGGAUAGGGGUGUAAACGUUAUUGAUUGUGGUGAGCUCUGCGCGGACAUCAUGGGGUGACCGUUGAUUCCCUGUUGGAGGCAGGACCGUCAUCCCAAGGCUGAUUUCGCUAUCCAGCCAACAUCCCACUAUCCGCUCAUUAGUGGCGCACUAAAUAGCGUUUAGAUAUGACCGAUGUCUUCAACUUCAUUGUGACCCACUGUCUAGUCGCUCAAAUGUCAACUACUCAGCCCGCAACAAGGUAAGGAUAUUCAAGGCGGCAAAGAAGCAACCUGCACAUGUCAAAAUGACAUUUGGCACAUAACCAAAAUAAUGCUGCUAAAUGUGGUACGAGCUGGUGUCUACACGCCGUUUUAGGUAUUCAGCUCAAAUGACUAUCUCUGUUCUGACAAAUUUACCUCUUAAUCUAAUAUUUUCCUCUUGAUUGACAAGAAUUUCAGGCAACGAUCGGGUGAGGGACCCCAAAGACACACAAAGUUGCCUGUCUUACGGGCAAGGUGGUAAUAGGUGUUUUACGGGAGGGGCCUAUGUAUGCAUAGAGGAAUGGCAAAAUAAGUAUAGGUAAUUGGUAAAUUCGUUUGUCGGGCAGAAAAGUUUUAAUGCAUUGACAUGUAGCAGCUGAAAUUAACCAUGACAAUUAAAAAAAUAAACAGUAAGUGUCCGCAAUGAUCGCUUCUCAACUCUCUGAUCUGAGGUGAUUGUAGAUAAUUCACCAGAUCGUCUACAACAGACGACCCUAACUAGCACGAUGAAACACCAAACUAAAAUAAUCGUGUCGGACUAAAACCAACUUAAAUAAGUAUGGUAGGCAUUCUUUGUAUGCCACAGAUGCUUGGGGGUCUUCAACCGAAUUUCACUUGCCUUUUUCAGCUUAACGCAAACUUUCAUAGUUGUAGUAUUUUCUGUUUUUAAGAGUGAAUUUAAGUCUUCCGAAUUAGGCUCUUUUUGUUUCACGUUUUCAUAUAAGCCUUCGUUUUAACUAGUCACACAGGCACAAAAUUCACCUGCCCUUUUCUUCUCCUUUUAGCUUUCAAUGAACAGGCCACGAACAUCCUCCGCGUUGUCGUAAAAAUACCAGGCCUAAGAUCAUCGGCGGUCAUCAGAUUUGAAAAGUUCCUUCCCAAGAUGGGCCGAGAAAUAGACAACGGUCGUGCCCAGGUCAACUUUGAAACCCGGUAAGUGCUUCUUGCAUGCUGCAGUUUACAGUACAAUUUUCUACCUCUACUAAAUGCGUUUAUGAGUCACCAUAUAUGCAUUUUUACCUAAGGUUCGUUGGGGUCACCACCAGUUCUAUCGUCGUUACUGACGAUGUCCUCCGUGUGCCCCACAGCAGGAUGAGGGCAGGGACGCUCAUGUGCGCGUGA